GUUGCAUGGUUACUUCGCUCAAUGGUUAUGCUUUGCCAGAUGAUAUCGGUAGAUUAAACAAACUUCAAGUUUUAAGUAUCGGGGAAAAUUCGGACUUUAAAGCUGUUGACCUUCCGCGAAGCAUCAGAAAUUUAACGAAACUGUGGUUUCUAGACUUGGAAUAUGCUAAACUGCUUUCAGGAAAUCUUUCGUAUUUUAACAAUAUGACUCGGCUGCAAUAUUUACAUCUGACUGAUUGUGAAUUGAAGGGAACACUGCCUCAUGACUUUGGGUUAACACAUCCGGAUAUAAUUGAGUUACAUCUUUACGGAAACAAUUUAGUUGGUGAACUUCGUUCUUGUUUCCUUGGUUUUAAAAUGAUAACUCGGCUUACCCUAGGUAGGAAUCACUUGCAGGGACUGCUGCCGACUGCACUCGGAAAACUCGAAACACUCACUGUCCUUGACUUAUCCAACAAUAAUUUCACAGGUUUUGCGGAAAAUAUGACUUUCAGCAAACAGCUCCAGACACUGAUCAUCAGUGGAAACGUCCAUCUGUCAGUUGAGGGUAAUCUACUACUGCAAGCAUUACAACCGUGCAAAUAUAACCUUCGCACGUUGGCCGCUAAUGAUUGUGGACUAAAUGGUAAUUUGUAUACCAGCCAAAUUUGGGACUUCUCCCAAAUUAUCUACCUCGACUUAAGUCAAAAUAAUUUAACUGGCAAAAUACCGUUUUCUGGCAGGGCGAAUCCAUUUUUUGUGACUUUUGCGUCAAAUAACUUAACGGGCGGAUUACCUAGAGAUUUUUUUGCUUUAUUAACAGCUUUGAAGUACUUGGAUAUUCGUGGAAAUAGAUAUUUGAAAAGCAAAUACCCCUUUCAAUACUCCCACUUAGAUGUCUCACAAACUGAAAGGUUGAAAAUGACUACAUACAGCUGUUCCACAUUUAGAAUGUCUAGAACAGGGGGGAGGGUAGAUAUGGAUCCGGCUUAUUAUGGUUAUUCAUAUUGUUUUUGCAACAGUGGAUAUUAUGGAUUCAGAGAAUAUUGCAAGCCCUGUAUGAAAGGUGCGUCUUGCCAACAACCACCUGUUGAUGUGCCAACGCAACAAAUGAUAGUUAAGAUGACCAUACAGAAAGGAUACUGGCCGUGUUGUGGAAAUUUCACUAAUGUCACCCGAAUGGUGAAGUGCAGCGAAGAUGAAGGUUUUGCUGACGAAGCCUGCAGUCCGUCUGGAAAAUGCGAAUGUGAGGUACAAUUAGUAAAUAGUCAGCCACAAACCUCCUGUAAUACGUCAUGUAUAUGUCGUUAUGGCAACAAGGGACGAUUCUGUUCCCAGUGCAAGAAUGGUUAUUUUAAGAAAGGGUCAUUGUGUGUUUCUUGUCCCGAAUUCCGUAAAAAUUUCCCAGUUGUAACGACUGUUUCCUUCGUGGUUUGUUUAAUCGGUUCUAUUGUAUUGUUAGUUUGUUUCAGGCGUGGAAAAAGGUUUGCUCUUGUUCUCAUGUUUCUGCUUGCAUUAAUUCUCAUAGUUUUACACAUCAAGUACAUAAUACCAAACUGGUUCUUUGUGAUCAUUUUUGCCGUGUGGAUCUUAGGUCUUUCAGGAGCGAGCAAAAAUUUAGAAAGCUUUCUCUGUAUCGCCGUCUUCUUCUUUCAAUCAUUAGACGCCAUGUUUGCUGACGCUAAUGUUUGGCCACAAACAAUUGUCCUACUAAAAUACCAAAUAACGAAUGCCUUCAAUAUUGAGUUAUCAGAACUUACUUGUAGUUUUUCUGAUGCGAAGCGCCCAGAAAUUAGAAUUUUAAUAAUAUUAUUGUUGCCAGCUGGAGCCAUUUUGCUUAUAUGGUUGUUGCAUGGCUUAGGAAAAACAAUUUGUUAUCAACACCGAAACAUCCCGAGUACCUUUUGUAAACGGUUGAGCAUUCAAAUUCUCUUGUUCGUGUAUUUUCCCAUCACUGCGAAAACUCUCCAAGCGGUUUCACCCUGUGAGCAUCGCGAUGGUCUAUCUUAUCUUAAGGCCACGCCAUGGUUGGACUGUGAUGGUACUUCAUACAACUGGCUGGUAACUUUAGGGUAUGUUUCGUUAUUACUUUUUGUUAUCGGAGUACCUUUGUUCGUUUUCUUACCAUUGCUUUACAAAUUUAUGAACAACAAUGGCAAAGCUGUCUCUGAAGAUACGGAUAAGUGGUUGAAACCUUUAUAUACAGAAUUCAAAACACGUUAUCGUCGUUUCUUUCCACUGGUGUUUCUAGCUAGGCGUCUUCUCCUUGCAGUGUUUCUAACAGUUGUACCAACCAGUUAUAAUUCUGGUUUUCCGACCAUAUCAACAGUAUUUCGAUAG